CUUGGUUUAAAUCCAUUCAAGCCUUGUUUAACCAGACAUGAUUGGAGUUGGUUCUUGCCAGUAACCUUUUGCUUUACUUAUUUAACCGUCCAAUUUACUUGCUACACAACUAAUUAAGACGUAUUUGUUGUUUAUUUACAUGACAAAUAUUCACGAAGUCUCAAGGGAGUAGAAAUCAAGACAAGACAACUCUAACCUUGACAACACGUCGCAACUUUAUCUUGCUCACAAUCGCUCACUCACCCACUAUUUUCAACUUUUCCAUAAUUGAAGCCAAGAUUUCUUAAAAUCAACAUAGUUCACCAUGUUUUAUGAGGGAACCCUUCAGGAAGGCAUCUCGACAGCCGUCAGUCAGCAGAAACUUGUUCUAUGUUUCGUGACAGAUGAAAGCGACGAGAGCACACAAUGGGAAAAUGAGUUUCUGGUCGAUGAUACAUUGAGCGACUUACUCAAGGAGCAUUCUAUUGCGCUCCGUCUCAAAGCUGGGUCCGAGGAAGCCGGAUAUCUAGCUCAGAUCUUCCCUCUACCACGGACUCCCACUGUUGUUAUCAUUAAGAAUGGAGAGCUGAAGGAGUACAUCACACCAGGGACCAGCAAAGAGGAUUUCUUGCGGAGAGUUCAGACUGCUUUUAACUCCACCGCUGCACCUGCAGCUCCGGCUCCGGCUACAACCCAACCAACCCCGGCACCAGAGCAGGCCAGCCCACCACAGCCCCAGACAGAGACACCCGCAGCUUCAGAACAGCAGAGCACUCUACCAACAGCGGCUCCUUCAACGUCAGAAAACGUUCGUCGGAUACUGGCUGAGAGGGCCGCCAGGCUGCAAGCCCAAAGGGAGGAGAAUGAGCGCAAGGUGAAGGAGGAACGCGCAAGGACGAAAGAGAAAGCCAAAGCUGAGGCCGAAGCUGGUAUGGAUACGGUCAACGCCCGAGCUCACAAGCAAGCUGAGGCAGUAAGGAAGAAGAAACAGAAAGACCAAGAGGAGAAAGCGCGGAUUCUCAAGCGCAUCGAAGACGACAAGGCAGAGCGACGCCUACGUGCCGAGCAGCGUGAGAAGCAGAAACUUGAUAACCUCAAGGGUGGCGACGUUGCAGCAUCAUUAGUGAGCGCACCAGAGACAAAGCUGUCAAGCACCUCCAAGUCUGGCGCGAUAACGGCUCUUCAAGUCCGCUUGUUCGAUGGAUCAACACUGAGGAAUCGCUUCAAGACGACUGCGCACCUAAAGGAGGUCCGACACUGGGUGGAUGAAAAUAGAGGCGAUGGCUCGCAGCCAUACACUUUCAAGCAGGUCCUCACACCUCUACCCAAUAAGAAUAUUGAUGAGACUGAGGAGGACAAGCCGUUAGGAGAUCUCGGCCUUUUUCCGUCUUCGACAUUGGUGCUUAUUCCCGUCAAGAAGUUUACGACCGCCUACGAUGAUUCACAGGGCAUUGUUUCGAGAGUCAUUGGAUUUAUUCUCAGCAUUUUCACAUGGAUUUUCAGUCUUUUUGGAGGUGGUGAUGAGCGCACUGGGCACCGAGGGCCUACGAGCGAUGCGCCGGGCAGUUCUCAAGAGCGUGUUCAGUCAUUCCAGAAUCGCAGAGAUCAGCAAAGAGAUCAACAGUUGUACAAUGGAAAUUCGCUGAACUUUGAGCCACGGCCAGAAGAGGAGGAGAAAGAUGAAUGAAGGGGUUUCCCAAUUUGAGUGGGAGUAAUGUCUUUUUUUGUUGUAUUGUACAAUUGACAGUGCUGAGAUGUAACAGUAGUAUUUCCCCGCCAGAUUCCUAUAUGCAUGCACGCUGUCAGGAGAUAUAUAUCCCCGGUGUUGUUUCCUUUCCCAUAGUGAUAUCAAGUCCCUUUUGUUCUCUUUUAACUUCUAACUCGUCCAUGCUUACUGACCAGCGGCGGCCUGGCAAGCCUUGAGUUGCUCAAGGUACC